AUGAAGUGGCCAUUAUUCUUCACAAUCCUCCUGUUGUUUCUAUACUGCAGUGAGACAUUAGCUGCUCCAGCAGUGGAAUUGCAGCGCCGAGAGCCGGACGCGGUUGCGACUACCGAUAAAACCGAAGAACAAAACGCGACACAAACAGCAACAGACAAUGGAUCAACUCAGACAUCCACCACAACUGCGACGGACGCGAAGGAAGCGAAAGCAACCACAUCCAAGGCUGCCCACGCGGCCUCCACUACUACGACUAGCGAUGCCACAACUGUUGCGACUACCGUUCCAUCGCUAGAUACCUCUGCCGCAUCUGGCGGUUCAUCAUCACAAAAUUCGACAAAGUCAACUGGGAUAUACACUGGAGGGCUCCCGCUUCAGCCCGAUCUUAGCCCGGCUUUAGGAGUGGGAGGAUUCAUUCUGUUGAUAUCUGGGGCAGCUUUGGCCCUCAUUGGAAUUCGGAAAAGAUGGCUUUAUAUCUCUUUAUCCACAGCAUUCCUCGCUGCUUUGGGUGUUAUAGUGAGUUUCUUCGAGCCUUUCGUUCAAGGUGGAUACCUUGUUGCUGCAGUUGUCACUGGAGCUGUGUUUGGCGGACUAGCCCUGGUGUUCAAAGAAAUCACCGAAGGGCUUUGCUGUCUAUUAGGUGGUUUCUGCAUUGCAAUGUGGCUGAUGACUGUCAAAGCUGGAGGUCUCGUCACCGAGAGUGGAGCCAAAGUCGGAUUCAUCAUCGCAUUUUCUGCUGGGUUCUAUUGCCUAUCCUUCAGCCACUAUACUCGCUCAUAUGGUUCUAUGGUCUGCACUUCUUUCGGAGGCGCCACUGCCUUGGUGCUCGGCAUUGAUUGUUUCAGUCGGGCGGGCCUCAAGGAGUUUUGGCUCUAUGUCUGGGGAUUGAACGAUAACAUGUUCCCGCUGAACACCAACACUUACCCUGUUACUCGUAAUAUUCGUGUCGAGCUCGCUAUCACAAUCAUCGUCACUGUAUUUGGUGUGAUCGCUCAGAUGAGACUGUGGAAAGUGAUCAAAGAGCGCAGAGCAAACGAAGCAACAUCUCGCGAGGAGGAAGAGAAAAAGAAGGAGGAGGCCGAAGCAGAAGUCGGCCGACAGCUCGAGGAGAAGAACCAACAGGAGCGUGCUGAAUGGGAACGGAUGUACGGCAAUGGCAGCGGCAAAGAGCCCUCGAUGACCGAGACUGCGGUGGCAGAUGACUCGAGAAGAGGUUCGGACGGCUUCAACUCCUCAAACAAUGAGACUGCAAACUCCAUCGAGAUGAAAGAUAUGGCUGGUCCCGACGGUCAAGGGGGUGCUUCUGACUGCAGCAACACGCUUGAUGCAGUGAAAGAAGGCGCAGAAGAGGGAGAGCAGACAGGCAAAGACGACGAGGACACUCCAAGCUGUGGUCAAAGUCACCACACGCCGAUCGAUCAAGAUGAACGUGAACCCGACUCGCACUCGAACGCUAAUCUCUCGCGACCUGCCACUCCGCCCCCCGAAAAGGUCUUCCACGUGAACGCGAAUGUGCGCGAUGAUGCCUCCGAGAAUGGAGCUAUCAUGGGUUCCGAGGUUGGCACGCCUCGAUCGAAGCGCUUAUCUGGAAUGUCAUUCAGAAAUCGUAUGUCAUGGCGUAGUGGAAACGGCACAAAGCUCAAUCAUCAAUCCGAAUCUGAAGAGGCUCUGGUUGUUCACGAUGAUGCCACGUCCUCCGUGGCUGGGGUUGUCGAUGAUGUUCAAACACUGAGCUCCCGUCGGUCAAGUAUCGCAUCCGAGAUCCACAAAGAGACAGAUGAUGCAACACAGCAGAGCGAGUCAACGGUGAAACAACUGCCUCAGAAAAACAUCCUCCUAGAGGCGGAAGAGAAUCAUCUCAACUCCCAGCCAGCAAACGCAGCGAAGUCGAUUAUUGCUGUUAAUUCACCAGAAAGCUGCCCAGAAGACCCAACCAUUCUCGUCUUGCCACAGACCAAAGACGUGCCAAAAACAGCCGAGAAGUCUGUUCCAAAGAAGAAAAUCCAAAAAGGAAAGGAUGUCUCGAAGACGCAGCCCGAAAUAGCAGCAAAGGCCGAGCCAUCGGAUAUUUCCGAAGUCACGAAGAAGGCCGAGACACUAGAGAAGGUUGAAGACGUCCAAAAAGACGAGAUGGAUGUUCAAAAGGUGGAGACACCUGCCAGGGUGCCUGAAUCUACGAAUACAUCGAAGAAAGUUUCUCUUGAAAAGGAAUCAGAGUCUACCCCAGGACCUGUCGAAAAGCCCGAAGAAAUUACCAAGCCCCGAGAGCCCGAGACCGAAACGAAACCUGAAGUCAAGCCUAAACCGCAACCGAUCCCCGUCAAGAAGCCAGUGAAGCCAAAGCUGGACAUUUCGACAGUCAAGCGUAUUCCGGAACAGACUUCAAAGGUUAUCCAUACAUUCCGCACAAACGAAUGGGCCAAACAUCUGGCAGAUGCCGAAACGCCUGACCUUGAGCCUCUGGAAUUCGAGCCUGAGCCAAUCGAACCUGAGAAGGCCGACGAAGCUACUGCUCCAGUCAACGUUGAUGAACUGCUCCAGACGCCACUCAAUGCCCAACCCCCUCCAGCUGUGGCCAGUCCUAAGGAAAGCUCAACAGUUCCCGAUGAAGCCCACCGGCGAUCCCGUCUUUCAAUGGCCCCCGUUCCUGAAAUGCCCCGUUCAAAGACAAGAAACAGCGCUUAUAUGAUGUCUGGGGCCAAGUCACCAAUGGUAUCUCGGAAUGUUUCGUCAUCAUCUUUGGUUGCGCAGCAGCUCGCUGCAGACGACGGUCUUGGUCCUCUCAGAAGCCCCUCGGCACCACUGCUGACCAUUACCACGCCAAAUACUGGAUACGACAAUGAUAAAGAGCAAGCAGAAUCGCCUCGCUGGAGUGGACCCCCACCUCUUCUCGCCGUGCGUGAGGACAUGGUGCGCAACCGAAUGUCCUCAACCUCAUUACGACAUGACCCAUGGGGACCACGAAAUGCAUCUCGGCAGUCUCUGGUCGAUCCAGGCCGAGUCAUGUCACCACCUUUGUCCAUUCCUGAUGAAGGAGACGAAGCGCCAACGGGGAUGACCUCUCCAGUUCACGACGACGAUGAUGUUCCGCUCUCCAAGCGCCGCGCUAUGCUCCAGCGUCAAACCAUGGAGUCACCAUCAACAACUAGCCUUCUUGGCUUGGAUAGAGCCCGAUCACCUCCGGUUGCUUCAACAAAUCCCGGAAAGCCAGCCGCUGCAAUGGCAGCAUGGCGCCAAUCGAUGCGAGAAGACAUCUCGUCAAGACGUGAUCCACUAUCACUCAAUUCAUCACCAACAAGCCCGGAGAGGCCCCAAAGUACUUGGGGAUCUGUACAGCAGAUGAAGGAUGCCUCGACCACACGAGUGGGUGAUGCAAUUGCGGAAGGCAUGCAAAAGGGCAGCAUGACCGAUCUGCAUCGCCAGGCAAUGCGCCGCAUGCAGGCCUCCGCGAACCGAAAAUUGUAG